AUGGACGACCUCGCUAGUGUUUGCAGCACCAGCACGGCGGCCGCGCCCAUCGACCCGGCGGAGUACUGGCGACAGUACAACGCUGUGCAGCUUAAAGAGAAGCACUGGGCUAACGAAUCGGAUGACACCGACGCGGAGUCCUGGCGCGACAAGGACGGCUCGUGGGGCGUGUCCGGCGCCACCGGGUACGGCGCCUCGUGGGGCGCCGCCAACAGCUCAGGUUGGGGCUCUUCUGCCACUCCCGCCGCCGCGCCAGGGCCGGCGCUGGCCGCAAGUCAAGCAGCAGCAGCAACAGCAGCAGGUGCAUCAGGGACGGGUGCAGCAGCAACAGCAGCGGCAGGAGCAGUGACGGCGGCCGAGGCGAAGAAAAAAAAAGCGGCGAAGAAGGCACCUGCUGCAGCGGCGUCCUCCCCCACUGCCGCGGCAGCGGCCGCGCUGAAGAAACAGCCGCUGGCGAAACCCGGAAGCCCCGCGCCCGCUGCGGCAAAGAAGAAGAAGAAGAAAGACGUCGUGGGCCCUGGUGUGGCAGCUGUGUCGCCGGGUGGCGCCCUCGCCGGGUACACCGUCAGCGGUUACAAACCGCCGUCGGUGGUAACCACCGCGAAGCCCGCGGGGAGCACGAGCUCCACCCGUUCGGUGGCCGGGAGCAGCAGCGCGAUUCCCUGGUGGGCCUCGCUGGGCGGCGGCGCGCCUGCCGCAACCGGCGGCGGCAGCAGUGCGCCUGGCAGCACGACCUCCGUGCCCGCAUCUCCGUCUUCCCGCGUUCCGCCAAUGGCGCCCCUUCCGCCAGCGGCUGCGCCACAACCACCUCCGCCUCAUCAACCCCCCUUCCCGCCCCACGCCCCCGCGCCUUUCACUUCCUCCGCCCCGCAUCUCCCCCAGCAGCCGCAAUCCUUCCCGCCUCCGCCACAUUCCGCGAGGCCUUCCGCCCCUGGGGGGUAUGCGCCAUCCGCUCAGGGGCCGUAUGGCGGAAGAGCUCCUUCCCCCCCGACGUGGGGCCAUAGUUCCGCUAACACAGGGCCUGCCGUUCAGACAGGGCCUGCCGGCCAACGGCCUCCCCCGAACGCCAGCCUACAGCCAAAUGUUGGCCCACACCCAAGCAUGGGCUCUCAUGCCAUUGCCUCCCAGCAAAUGGCGGCGCCCCAGGCAGUGCGUGUGGUGUCCGCUGUGCCCUCCCUGCCGCCGCCGCAGGCGCAGUCGCGAGCGCCAUCCGCAGCAGGAUCAUGGCGAUCAGAGCCCGCUGCAGCAGCAGGCGCAGGCGCAGGCGCAGGAGGGGCAGGGGGAGCGGCUCAGGGAGCAGGGUUGCUGAUGGUGGCGGGAACAGGCGCGCAGCGUUGGGGGGGCAGCCAACCGCCACAGGCGCCGCGCACCCCCUCCGACUCGGGCUCGGACGCCAGCCGGUGGCGUGCCAAGGAGUCUACCUCUGACGCCAGCCGGUACUCCGCGCCUGCCGGUCCUGCUGCUGGUGCUUCCGCGGGCACGGCGUGGGGUGCUAGCACGGCUGCACCUGGUACUGCGGGCGCUGGCUCCGACGCCAGCGGGUGGCGCGCCAAAGAGCCUGGCUCGGACGCCAGCAGGUACUCCGCCCCUGCUGCUCCUGCUCCUGCUCCUGCUGGCGCUGCCGCUGGUGGUUCCGCGGGGACAGCGUGGGGUGCUAGCACGGCUGCGCCUAGCACUGCUGGCUCUGGGUCCGACGCCAGCAGCUGGCACCGCAGGAACUCCACUACCUCGCACCCGGCUCCUCUGCCUGCUAACGCACCUGUUGCUGCUGCUGCCUCUGCGUGGGCUGCCACCCCUGCACCCGCAGGCGUCUCUGCCCCUGCCAGCACCGCGCCUGUCACCACUGCUGCGUAUUCAAGCGCAGCUGCUGGCGAUGCCGCUACGGCGGCGAGCAGUGGAGGCGCGGAGGGGCAGGUGGCGGGCAAGGUGGCGAUCUACGAUGGGUGGGGCGAUGUCAUCGGAUGGAAAGACGCGCCUGUUGCUGCUGCUGCCCUGCCCGCCGCUGCUGCUGCUGGCGCGGCUGCUGACGGGGCCGCGGCUGGGGCUGCUGGGGCUGCUGGGGCUGCUGCGGCUGACGCUGGUGCGCAGGAGGGUGAGUAUGCGGAGGGUGACUAUGGCGAAGGGGAGUAUGGAGAGGGGGAGUAUUGGGAGGGCGAGUAUGCCGAAGGGGAAUACGCGGAAGGGGAAUAUGGGGAAGGGGAAUACUCGGAAGGGGGGUAUGCCGGCGAUGGUUACGCCGAAGCGGGUUAUGGGGAUGGCGGGGGCGGCGGUAAUGAUGGCAAAGAGGAGGCGGACAGCGCUUUGGAAGGGGGUAAGGUGGAAGAGGAUGGGGGAAAAUCAGGUGGGGCGAAUGAAGAGGGAGGGGAGGGGGACGAUGAGUUCUGGGAUGCGGAGGAGGGAGAGUUGGAGGGGAGUGUGGGCAGUGGCAGCGGCGGCGAGGGGGCGGGCAAGGAGGCGAGGGGGCAGCAGGCGCAGUUUGGGAAGCAGGCGGUGCCAGUGCAAGGAGCGGUGGGAGGGGAGAGUCCGAGCCUCACUUGGCAGCAGCAGCAGCUGCUAGGGAAGCAACCGCUUACAUGGCAGCAGCAGCAGCAGCAGGAGGAGGAGGGACAACCGCAGCAACCGCAGCAUCAGCAGCAGCAGUUUGCAAAACAGCCCCUUACGUGGCAGCAGCAGCAGUCAAAGGAAACACUCACAUGGCAGCAGCAGCAGCAGCCCCAGCAGCAGUGGGGAGGCUCCUCGGCACAAGCCAAGGACAACGACUCCAUAAGCGAACUCAGCUCCGCUAGUGGCUACGUGCGCCCCAGGAGCACUGCUACCAACGAGGACGCGAGUGUAGUCAGCGCUGCCUGGUCUGACGCCAAGUCAGACCUCAACAGCCAAUGGGGCGACAGCGCCAGCGCCAGCUGGCAGAGCAGCAGCGGCUGGGGGGGGGAGAGUAGGGGUAGCGCCGGCGCAGCAGGGGGGAAGGAGGGUGCGGAGUGGGGGGAUGCUGCGCCCAGCAGCGGCCGAGGCUCGGGCCGAACCUCCGGCAGGUAUGUGCCACCGAGCAAGCGGGUUGGCGCUGGUAGUGGUGGCGCUGGUGGCGCUGGUGCGAGUGCGUCCGUGUGGGAGAAGAGCAGUGGAGGCGUGAGUGCUGGUGGUGGUGCUGGUACUGGCGCUGCUGCUCCUGCGUCUGCGUGGGAGAGGAGCAGCGGUGGCUUGAGCUCUGGUGGUGGUCGUGGCGGUACUGGCGCUGGUGGCGCUGGUGCGAGUGCGUCGGCGUGGGAGAGGAGCAGUGUGGGGUUGAGCAGUGCUGGCGUGAGCACUGGUGGUGUUGCUGGCGCCGGCGGUGCGUCUGCUAGUGCUGGUGCGUCCGCGUGGGAGAGGAGCAGUGGCGGCUGUAGCCCUGCUGCUGUUGAUGCUGGUGCUGGUGGCACUGGUGCUGGUGCUGGUGGUGGCAGUGGCAGUGAUGGUGGUUGGGGAGUGAGCUCAGCCAAGGCAGGGUCGAGCAAGUUCGGGGUGGAGUGGCGAAAGAAGCACAGCGUCUCGCCCACUCUUUCCUCAACGUCCUCUCAUUUAGCUGCAGCUGCGGCGGCGAACGGGAGAGCAGGGGGUGCGGGAGGGGGUCCUGUGGUAGCCGGCAAGGGGGAAGGAUGGGGGGACGCGGGAGGAGUGGGGGGAUGGGGAGGGGCAGCAGCAGGAGCCCCAGCGGCAGGAGCAGCAGCAGCAGCAGCAGCAGCAGCAGCAGCAGCAGCAGCAGCAGGUGGUGGUGGUGGUGGGAUGGGCAGCAGUGGGAACGCAGUGGCUGGGGCGAGUGGAGGGGGCGGGGGAGCAGUGGACAGUUGGAGGGCGUUUGGGCAGCAGAGGCAGGCGGAGCUGGGGGAGGGCGGAUCUGACGAGGACAUCUGGAAGCAGCAGGAGGAGGACGAGCGGCUGGCGCGCCAGUGGGGGGGCGCGGAUAGCACGGGCUGGGGGGGAGUGGCGGGCGGGGGCGGAAGCAAGGGCGCGGGGGCGGGUGGAAUCAAGGGCGCGGGGGUUGGUGGAAAGAAGGGCGCAGGGGCGGGCGGAAGCAAGGGCGCAGGGCGGGUGGUGGGAGGGGAAACGGGUUGGAGAGGUGCGGGGAGCAAGACGGGGCGAGGGGAGGGCGAGGCAGCAGCAGAAGGGAAGUGGAGGAAGGGUAGUGGCGGGGCGGAGGGGAAGGGCGGGGAGUGGAGGAAGAGCCAUGAGCAGGAGGCAGUGGUGCCUACUGUGGCACCUAUUCCCCUGGUGCCACCCAUAGUGGCUCACAGGGAGAUAGACGGGUGGGAGGCGGGGAGCAGGGGCGACAGCAGCGCAUGGGAGACCGAGACCAACGCCUCUGCCGUCUCGUCGCUCAAUAAGGGCCUGCGCGCCUGGCAACACGUCGCUACAGCCGCAGCGUCAGAAAUAGUCCCGGUUGUAGCAUCGGCUGUAGCGCCAGGGAGCGUGGUAUCAGAGCGGUCAGCCACGGAUAGUAUUCUCUCUGCUAUCGGGCUGAAGGCUGGGACCAGCGCUGAGACGUCUGUGACUCCUGAGACUAGCGGUGCUGGUAAUUCUGCUGGUUACCCUGAGGGUAGCAGUGGCAGCGGGAAGGCGCCUGGGAGCGAGGGCUUGAGAGCGGGCGCGCCCUCCUUUCCCCCCGCUGCUGCGUCCUCCUCUUCCCUCCCUUCCUCUUUAAACCCUGAUGCCGGCACAUUCCUCCGAGCGGGUGCGCCGUCCUUCAUCCGCGCCCAAGCACCUUCGUACAUCAGUGCCCAGGCGCCUUCUUUUAUUCGCGCAUCCGCGCCCGAGUUCACGCCCUCGACCCCCUCCCCUCCCCCCGGCCACGUCCCCGCCCCCUCCACUGUCUCCGCCCCCGGGGUUCUUUCCCCCGCUCCACCGCACCCCACCUCCACGCCCAUCUCUCCACCCACCUCCACGCCUUCCUCUUACUACGCCCAAUCCCCUGCUUUCGCGGAUCCUUCCGGCCAAUCAUACGGCGACACAGGGGUCUCUUGGCCGGCCAUUGCCCCAUCCACCGCCUUCCCUUCGCUCGGCCAACCUGGAUUGGCCUCUGCUGCCAUCCCGCCCCCCACUGCUUUUGCCCACGGCCUCCCACCUGAUCCUGCUAUAGCAGGGGUGGGCAUGGGGAUGGGCAUGGGGAUGGGGAUGGGCAUGAGCGCGGGCACGGGCGCUUUUAUUCCCGCAACUGGUGGCGGGAGUAUGGGGGGGAGUGGGGAGCAGGGCGGGGGUGGGGGGAGCAGGACGGAGGAGUGGGUGGGAACAGGCGGAAGCCUGGGCAGGGGUGGCGCUGCAAGUGCUGCAAGCAGUGCAAGCCGUGCAAGUCCUUCCGUUGCAAGCUCUGCUUCUGGCACUGCAAGGCAAGCAAAUGCCACAGUCCCUGCCACAGCUGGGCCGAGGGCACAGAACCCCCAACUCCCCACGGAGAUCGGCAGGGGGGGCAUCGGCAACUCACCAGGAGCAUCCUCCUGGUCGCAGUCCGGGUAUGGCCCGCAGUCAGAGUUACAUUCCAGUGUGCUAAGACUGCCAGCAGCAGGGGAGGGAGGCAGCGAGUACAUCCCCCCUGUGAGCGAGCUGGAUGUGGACUUUUCCGAUAGUGUGAGUAAUGCUGGCGCCGCUGAUCGGGCCCGUGCUGCUGCUGCCGCCCUGGCUGCUGCUGCUGGCGGUAGGGCGGCUGGUGGGAGUAGGUUCGGCACUGGUGCUGCUGCUGCUGCUGCUCGUACUUCUGGUGCUCCUGCUGCUGCUGCUGCUGCUGCUGCUGCUGGUGUGACGCCCCAAGGACAAGCCAUGGGCGGACUGCUGGGUGAUUAUGACGACGAGGAGGAGGACGACGACGAGUGCGCUGGCAGGGAGCUGGGCGAUGAGGACGACGAUGACGAUGAGGACUUAGGUGCGGAAUCAGCAUUCGACUUGACUGCCACGGACUACAAGCACUCGCCCGCGGUCGCCCUCUUCCUCACCGACCUAAAAAAGCUGUCGGCGGAUCAGAUCAGGUCGCAGGACCGCGAGUACAAGUGCCCUGCGUGCAAGGGCGGGAAGGGCGAGACCGACUGGUGGCCGGGGAUCCGGGCGCUGCUGCAGCAUGCGGAGACGAUCCGGUCCAGGAAGAUUGGCGCGCACCGGGCGUUCGCUGCGGCGGUUCAUGUGGAUUUGAGGGAGAGAGGGGUGUUUCUGGGGGGAGGGGGUGUGGGGAGGGAGGGGCAGGAGGGGGUGCUGCAGGGGCAGUGGCGGGGGGUCGGGGGGCGGAGGGCGGAGGAGGGGAAUGCGACGGUGCUGUGGCCGCCCGUGGUGAUUAUUAGGAACACUCGCCUGCGACCCGAUGAGGAUGGACGGGUACGUGGUGGUGUGAUGGGAGGGUGGGUGGUGAUGGGCAUGUGGGUGAUGGGAGGGUGGGUGGUGAUGGGCAUGUGGGUGAUGGGAGGGUGGGUGGUGAUGGGCAUGUGGGUGAUGGGAGGGUGGGUGGUGAUGGGCAUGUGGGUGAUGGGAGGGUGGGUGGUGAUGGGCAUGUGGUGGAUAGGCAUGGGUAGCUAUGAGCUGCGCCAACACUUCUCUCAUUUCAAGCUCAUUGUGAAGACCAAGCACGCAUAUGGCCCUCAGGGCCAUCGCGGCAUGAGCAUUCUGGUGUUUGACGCCACACCGGACGGCUACAAGGAGGCCGAGCGUCUGGCACAGCAGUUUGAGCGAGAGGGGCGCGGGCGGCUGGAGCUCUCAAGGCGGUCGGCGCCUCUUGUGGACCGGUCGGGGAAGAGGAACCUGUUUGGGUACCUUGCUACUCAGCAGGAUGUGGACGAAUUCAACCGGUGCUGCAAAGGCAAGGCAGCGUUGAAGGUGGAGGUGAAGGGACGGAGGGAGAUGUCCCACAAGUUGGUGGAGGUGAAGAUCGAGAAGCACCAGCUGCAGGAGCAUUUAGAGGAGGAGAAGGAGCGGCGGCAGCAGCUGGCCUCGGAGCUGGAGGGGGAGAAGCAGCAGCGGCAGCACCUCGAGAGCACGGUGCUCAAUGCGGCGAGGCUGAUGCAGAUGAAGGAGGAGGAGGUGCAGGCCGUGGUGGCGCGCCACAAGAAGUUGGCGGCUCAGCACAAGGAGGAGGUGGCGAGUUUGGAGGAGGCUUAUGCGCGGAGCCUGGAGGAGAGGGAGAGGAGCAGGAGGGCGGUGGAGGAGAGGGAGGCGGAUCUGGAGUGGCGAGGGAAGGUGGCGAACGAGCAGCAUGUCGCUGCCGCCCGCACGCUGCAACGGCAGCUUUCCAGCUCGUCCGAGCUCAGCGACGACCACAGCAGCGCCCUGCGCGGCAGCCUGCACGCGGCAGCAGUCUUCCAAGCAGGCCUCGCCCAGCUGAAGCAGCAGCAGCACGAGCGGCUGUUGCAGUUCCGCCAGGGGGUGAAGCAGGCGGAGCUGGCGCUGCUGCAGCAGCUGGAGGAGGAGAGGGUGAGGUUUGUGGAGGAGUGUGAGGCGCUGAGGGAGGAGAGUGAAGCCACGCUGGACCAGAUUGAAUGCCGUGGUGUUGGGAAGGCUGGCAGGCGGAUGGGAGGUGGGGGUCGGGAGGGGAGUGGGAGUGAGGUGGGGGGUGAGUGGUCUGGGAGUGAGGCUGGGAGAGGUCAGGAAAGGAGUGAGGUGGGGAGGGGGGAUGUGGUGAGUGUGGUUGAGGGAGGGGAGGGGGCAGGGAGUGUCGAGGGGGAAGGAGUGUUGGAUGGAGAGAAAGGGGGGGAGCAAGAAGAGGGGUUGAAGGUGAGCGAGGAGCAGGGGGUAGACGUGUGUGAGGAGCAGGGAGAGAAGGAAUGGAGUGGAGAUGUUGCAGGGGAGGAGGAGGAGGGAGAAGAGGUGGUUCGUGGAAGGGGGGAGGAGGGAAGAGAGGAGGAAGGGGUGGAGGGAGGAGAGGAGGAGGGGGCAGAAAAAAGAGGGAUGGUAGAAGAGGAGGUAGCUGUGGAAGGAGGUAAGGAGGGAGUGGAGGAAAAGAAGGAGAGGGGGGGGGAAGAAGAGGAGGGGCAGGUGGAAGGAGAGGAGGAAGGAAGGACGGAAGGAGAGGAGGAGGAAGAGAAGGGUUCAGAGAAGGUAGGAGAGACAGGAGCGAUGGAAGGGGAGGUGGUGGAGGAAGGAGGGGAGGGAGGAGAUGCAGAAGGGGAGGAAGAAAGGGAGGCAGAAAGGGAGGCAGAAGGGGAGGCAGAAGGAAAGGCAGAAGGGGAGGCACAGGGAGAGGCACAGGGAGAGGCAGAGGGAAAGGCGGAAGGAGAGGCAGAAGGGGAAGCAAACGGAGAGGCAGAGGGAGAGGCAGAAGGAGAUGCGUCAAGUCAGGAAAUGAAUUGUGCAAGUGAGGGGGUGAAUGCGGAGGGGGGAGAGGGAGCAGUUGAAGAGGUGACUGCAGUGGGAAGCGAGGAAGCAGUUGAGAAGGUGAAUGAAGUGGGUGAGGGGCUAGUUGAGAAGGUGAAUGAAGUGGUUGAAAAGGUGAAUGAAGGGGGGCAUGGAUCGGCUGAGAAGUUGGCUGAGGAGAGGGAAGAGAGAGUGGGUGAGGGGUUGAAUGAGGAGGGGGCCAAGGGAGUACUUGAGAGGGCCAGUAACAGCACUGAGACAGUUGAGGUUGACGGGUUGGAAGAUGAGGUGCAGGGGGGUGAGGUGCAGGGGGGUGAGGUGCAGGAGGGUGAAGCGCAGGAGGGUGAGGUGCUAGAGACCGUUGAUGGUGGGCAUGGGAGUGGGGUGAAUGGGGGGUGCGAUGGAGAGGGGAAAGGGGAGGUGUCGCAGGUUUCAGAAGCGACGGCGCACAUGAGCGAGAAGGAGAUGGAUGAGGGGCAGCUGCAGUGUGAUGGUGACGGGAAAAGUUCGAUGACAAGCACAAAGGAAAGCGCCACAGCUGAAGAAGCUGCUGAACUCCCCGCGACUCAAGUUUUCCAGAGCAGUGGUGCAGAGGAGAACGACGUGUACGGGCCAGAGUCGUUCUUCCUCCACUAA